ACAACAACAUGAGCAGCAUGGAUGUAUAUAAGCUGGAGCACACCUGCUCCACAAUAAACGACUUCAGACCUCGGCCAGCUGACCUCAGCCUGUCAACCAAAGUUCAGGUGCCUUGACUCCACAGCAUGCAGCCUGGGAGAGCGGCUGAUGUCCGGCUCUGUGUCCUGACGAGCCGCUGGCUGCCUGCAGCUCUGGCUCUCCUCCUCCUCCUCUCCUGCAGCUUCAGCAGCGCUCACAGCACCACGCUGGAGCACGACUUCCACAUCGUUCACAAUGUCGACAACAGAAGUCCAGAGAUAGACCCCUUCUGGUACGUGGGCCGCGGAGUGAGACCCAUCGGGCGCUUCGGGAAGAGGCACAGCAGCGUGGAGGCUCUGGGCAGCGGGGGGGUGAAGCCCGUCCUCAGGACGUUAGUGCUGCUGCUCAACAGCCUCAGAAACAAGCAGAGCCUCGGGGACGUGCUGGAUGGGGAAGACGGGGAUUGGUUACCGUGACAUCUUCAUCUACACACUCCGUGUCUUCAUUUUUUAUCUGGAGGUCAUAUUCUCUUCUGAUGUGUUUCUCUCUGGUGUCUGGUGUGAGGGUGAUGGAUCCUCCAUAUCUGUACAUAAAAAUGCAUCUAUAUUGAUUAAUAAAGCAGGAUGUUGUGAUUAUAUCUGUUCCUCA